GAGAACUACAAUGAAAUGGCCGAUUCUCUGAUUUUUCGUCAAAAAGUCGCUUCAAAAAAACGUGUUCUUAUACAAAUAAAUCUCAAGAAAAUUAAUUAAAAUAUGAAUGUUAACCGCAAUGUGACUAUAAAUCAUAAUAAAAAAGAAUUAAUUCCUGUGUUUUCGAAAUUACUACUAAUACUAUUUGAAUUAUUAUAUUUCGAUAAUGAAGAAUAUAACUCGACUAUUAGAGAUAUAGAGAAUUACAUAAGAAUUUUUCUAAGUAAACAAUCUCUUAAAAAAUACCGUAUACAACGACUAGAAAACUAUGUAGAAGAAAUUUUACCAUCUUAUACUAACGACGAAUUUAAAUCACAUUUUAGAAUGAAACGGUCAACAUAUAAUUAUAUUCUAAAUCUUAUAAAAUCUUCAUUAGUAAGAAGUAAAUCUGGACGUAAAACUAUAUCAGUAGAAAGACAAUUCUUAAUUGCUAUUUGGAAAAUGGCUACUCCAGACUCAUAUCGAUCAAUUUGUGAAAAAUUUAAUGUAGGAAGAGCUACCGCAUUAAAAGCUGUACGAAGAGUAACUAAGGCAAUUGUGAAAUUAGCUCCCAUUUUUAUUACGUGGCCAGACAAUAAUAGAGUAGAAGAAAUUAUAACAGGAUUUGCUGCAAACAAUGGUUUUCCGAAGGUAAUAGGAGCAAUUGAUGGUACCCACAUAAAUAUUAAAGCACCUCAUAUUAGUCCAGAAUCUUAUGUAAACAGAAAAGGACAUUAUUCUAUACAGUUGCAGGCAGUUUGUGAUCAUGAACAAAGAUUCCUUCAUUGUCUUGCCGGACACGUUGGUUCCGUCCACGAUCAACGAGUAUUUCGUUUAUCAGAAAUAUAUGAAUAUUUAAAAGAUCCAACAAAGUUCCCAAAUGAUACUCAUUUGAUUGGUGAUGCAGCUUAUAUGCUCCACAAUCAUGUAAUGACGCCAUUCCGCGACAAUGGACAUUUAACAAGAAGACAGAAAAAUUUCAAUUAUUGUCUUUCAUCCGCUCGAACUGUAAUUGAACGAGCAUUUGGCUUAUUAAAAGGAAGAUUUAGAAGUUUACUAACAGUUCUUGAUAUGGAACGAGUUGAUUUAAUCCCAGAAUUUAUCAUUGCAUGUUGUGUUCUACAUAACAUCUGUUUGUUGCAAAAUGACGAUUUUCCAAACGCGGAAAUAGAUAUAGAAAAUGAGCAUAUUCAAUUACUGAAUGAAAGACAUGAUAAUAAUGCAGGAAGUAUAAAACAAAAUAAAAUUUGUAACUCUUUGAUUAUGCGCAAUAUGUAA